AUGGCCAAUCGUAAUGAAAGCCCUUCUCAGGAACCUUCCAUCGAGGAGCAACCCCAGCCCCAACCCCAAGAUCAUUGCAAAGAAAAUGGAUACGUGAACACUGUCCAUGAGACGAUCGAACUCCAAGAUGAUCCCAGGAAAUGGUCGCCUAUGAGGAAGUGGAUAACCCUAGCGACAGUGGCAAACGGCUCAUUGGUCGUUGGGUUUGCGCCGAAUAUCUACAAUCCUGCUAUUGAUGCAAUCAAAUCUUCACUCCAUGCUCAGGAUUGGCACAUCUCAUUGACUCUUUCUUUAUUCAUCCUGCUGUCGGGCAUCUUCCCAAUGCCAUGGAGUCUCACUAGCGAGUUGGUCGGCAGAAAGCGUGUGUAUAUGGUUUCCCUAACAAUAGCACUUGGUGGUUACAUUGGCGCUGCGGUCGCAAACUCGAUUGGACUGUUGAUUGGGAUGCGCUGUAUUCAGGCGAUGGGUAAUAGCUCCUUAUUCUCGGUAGGAGCAGGUUCGUUAACCGACAUUUACGAUGUUCACGAGCGCGGAACAAAAUUCGGGAUCUACUAUGCUGCACCCAUGCUUGGACCAUCUCUCGGCCCAGUUCUUGGUGGUAUUUUGACGAAGUACUUGUCCUGGCGCGCUACUUUUUGGUUUCUCGCCAUUUGGAUCGGUGUUACCAUCUUCAGCGUGCUCGCUUUAAUGAAAGAGUCUUUCCGGAAAGAUCGUAGUACUACAUAUCAGGAUGCAUUGGCAAUACGAACUGAAAAGAUCGCUAGGAGGCAAAGCCAGGCGAUACACCGUUCGUCAUGCGAGGAAGGUGCUUCUCAUCACAGCUCAAGAAGCAAGAUAAAUGUCUAUCCUACCGAUCUCAGGGUAGCGACAUCACUAAAGAGGGUCGUUAAGAAGCGUAACAAUGUAGUCCUACUAAUUGCUACAGGGCUGAACUAUGGGUUCACUUACAGUAUAUCUUAUACCUGUACUUUGUCUCUCUCUGACAAAUACCAUCUGGAUGCGCUCAAGAUAGGGCUGGUACUACUUGCUUAUGGACUAGGCAGCAUGGCUGGGAGUGUCCUAGGCGGACGAUAUUCAGAUUAUCUUCUGGCUCGCUCACGCUCCCUGAAUAACACUGCAGUUGCUCCAUCUGAAGUGCGUCUCGCGACCACUAUACCGGGUCUUAUCAUAAUGCCAGCACUGUGCCUUGCAUAUGGGUGGAUGGCGCAAUACACUGUACACAUCUCAGGGAUCGCUAUCAUCCUUUUCUUCGGAGGUCUUUCUUCUAUCUGGGUUUAUUCUCCUACCAUGUCAUACCUGCUUGACAUCAACCCGGGGAAUACUACAGUCACUGUCGCCUGCAACAGCUUCAUACGUGGCCUCCUCGCUUUCUUGUUUGCGGAAGUUGCAGUUCCUCUCCAGAAUGCCAUAGGGGACGGUGGCUUGUACUCGUUAUGGGCUGGCCUGUGGGCCCUUUGCGCUGUCCUAAUACUGAUAGUCUACUUCAAAGGGGGUCACUGGAGAGCGCAAUCUUCUUCAAGCGUUUAA